AUGAGCGUCGUGUCCCUUCUGGUUGGGCUGCUGUUCAACGGGUUGCUGAUUUACGCGGCGCCUCUUGCACCUGUAAAUAGCAUUCACCUGCCAAGCAUAGGUACGUUGUUUAUAUGCGUUGAUUGCACCCAUGAAUGAUUUUGUAAGCUGAUUAUUGAGCUGUCAACCAUUUUUGCAAAUAAAUUGUAAGCGCAUGCUGGUAUUUGCCAUUUAUAUUCUAUUCUAUGUUUGUACAGUUUUUCUCAAUGGUGUACAGCAUUUUUUAAAAACAAUAUUGUGGAUUUUCACAACUCUGUGGCCUUUUGCAAACAGUAAAUGCGUUUUCAAAAUGUGGUCAAAAUUGCAAAUACAUUAACAAAAGAACAUGACUGCCUGCAAAAAGAUUAAGGCAAUGAUAGGCUAAACAGACAAAACAGAAAGUUAGUCUGUUAAAAAAAAAAUCCCAGUAGAUCAACACAUUUUAUUUAUGGUCACUAAAUCAUGAUAAUCAAAAUCGGAAGGACAACUAACCAAAUGUGCAGAAUUAUGGGUAAUUACAAAAAAUGUAAGCAUAUCUUACCAAACAAUUUCAUAUUCAUCAAAUCAAAUAGACAGUGUGCAGGAUUCAUUAAUCAGUGUCAUCACAAUCCAAUUCCAUGCAUUCAAUACAAAGGCUGGUUUGCUUAUAGUUUUGUAGAAACACAAUCCACAAUAGAAAUAAGGAAAUGUUGAUACAAUGGAGAAACAACUGAUUUGAAUGUAUAGGCCUCAAUCCACACACAAGCAAAGUUCUGUAAUGGAAGGUCGCAAUGUUGAAGACAAUGACUUAGAAGUAACCCAACUUCAUUCUCUAAAUCUCUGCCUGUCCACAAUAUUGUAAAACAUCCUAACACAAUUAGACAGUCCCCAUUGUCUAGAUCUAUCCAUGUAUUUUACAUGGUGUGACACUGAUAGUGUGAUUUAAAAUUCUGUGUAGUAGUAUUUAUUGAUUACCGGAAACAGUGAACACAAUUGCACAGAUUUCUCUUCUGAUGAAAACAAUUUGUUACUAUUCUGUGAAGUUUUGCAAAAGGUGGUAUACACAGGGGCCAGUUAAUUAGGUACACCACCCCAUUCACGAAAAUGACGAAAAAGUCACGUGGUCGUGGCUUGCUAUACGUACAGUGGGGAAAACAAGUAUUUGAUACACUGCCGAUUUUGCAGGUUUUCCUACUUACAAAGCAUGUAGAGGUCUGUAAUUUUUAUCAUAGGUACACUUCAACUGUGAGAGACUGAAUCUAAAACAAAAAUCCAGAAAAUCACAUUGUAUGAUUUUUAAGUAAUUAAUUUGCAUUUUAUUGCAUGACAUAAGUAUUUGAUCACCUACCAACCAGUAAGAAUUCCGGCUCUCACAGACCUGUUAGUUUUUCUUUAAGAAGCCCUCCUGUUCUCCACUCAUUACCUGUAUUAACUGCAUCUGUUUGAACUCGUUACCUGUAUAAAAGACACCUGUCCACACACUCAAUCAAACAGACUCCAACCUCUCCACAAUGGCCAAGACCAGAGAGCUGUAUAAGGACAUCAGGGAUAAAAUUGUAGACCUGCACAAGGCUGGGAUGGGCUACAGGACAAUAGGCAAGCAGCUUGGUGAGAAGGCAACAACUGUUGGCGCAAUUAUUAGAAAAUGGAAGAAGUUCAAGAUGACGGUCAAUCACCCUCGGUCUGGGGCUCCAUGCAAGAUCUCACCUCGUGGGGCAUCAAUGAUUAUGAGGAAGGUGAGGGAUCAGCCCAGAACUACACGGCAGGACCUGGUCAAUGACCUGAAGAGAGCUGGGAACACAGUAUCAAAGAAAACCAUUAGUAACACACUACGCCGUCAUGGAUUAAAAUCCUGCAGCGCACGCAAGGUUCCCCUGCUCAAGCCAGCGCAUGUCCAGGCCCAUCUGAAGUUUGCCAAUGACCAUCUGGAUGAUCCAGAGGAGGAAUGGGAGAAGGUCAUGUGGUCUGAUGAGACAAAAAUAGAGCUUUUUGGUCUAAACUCCACUCGCCGUGUUUGGAGGAAGAAGAAGGAUGAGUACAACCCCAAGAACACCAUCCCAACCGUGAAGCAUGGAGGUGGAAACAUCAUUCUUUGGGGAUGCUUUUCUGCAAAGGGGACAGGACGACUGCACCGUAUUGAGGGAAGGAUGGAUGGGGCCAUGUAUCGCGAGAUCUUGGCCAACAACCUCCUUCCCUCAGUAAGAGCAUUGAAGAUGGGUCGUGGCUGGGUCUUCCAGCAUGACAACGACCCGAAACACACAGCCAGGGCAACUAAGGAGUGGCUCCGUAAGAAGCAUCUCAAGGUCCUGGAGUGGCCUAGCCAGUCUCCAGACCUGAACCCAAUAGAAAAUCUUUGGAGGGAGCUGAAAGUCCGUAUUGCCCAGCGACAGCCCCGAAACCUGAAGGAUCUGGAGAAGGUCUGUAUGGAGGAGUGGGCCAAAAUCCCUGCUGCAGUGUGUGCAAACCUGGUCAAGACCUACAGGAAACGUAUGAUCUCUGUAAUUGCAAACAAAGGUUUCUGUACCAAGUAUUAAGUUCUGCUUUUCUGAUGUAUCAAAUACUUAUGUCAUGCAAUAAAAUGCAAAUUAAUUACUUUAAAAUCAUACAAUGUGAUUUUCUGGAUUUUUUGAAUUACAGACCUCUACAUGCUUUGUAAGUAGGAAAACCUGCAAAAUCGGCAGUGUAUCAAAUACUUGUUCUCCCCACUGUAUAUAGCAGGCAGACAGGCAUCGAGGCAUUCAGGUACUGUUAGAUUGAACAUUAGAAUGGGCAAAACGAGUGACCUAAGAGACUUUGACCGUGGCAUGAUCGUCGGUGCCAGGCAUGCCGGUUCCAGUAUCACAGAAACCGCCGGCCUCCUGGACUUUUCAUGUACGACAGAGUCUAGGGUGAAACAAGUGGCCCACAGCCAGAGUUUAUGAUCUGGACAAGGUUUGUAGCUUUAUCUGGUAUGAAAAACUAAACGAAACAAGUGCCCCCACAGCCGGAGUUUAUGAUUUGGACAGGGUUUGGAGCUUUAUAUGGUAUGGAAAUCAAUAUGUGGUGUUAAUGUGGAUUUGUUUUCCUGUUUCAUAUACCACAAAAUUGGAGAAGUACACUGUGCACCAUUUGAGAGGUUAAACAAUUAACAAAAACAUAUUGCUUCCUCCUUCCUGUCAUUGGAUAACUAACAAUGAUUUUGUCACUGAUGGAAUUGUUGUAAAAUAAGCAACAAAUCUGUGAUUUACUCAGUGAAGCAUGAACAAUGUCUGUAUAGUGUAUCGUCUUGAAUCGGCUCUAGGCUGUCUCAACCCGAAAUGCAAUAAGUAAUUUGCACAGCAGCCAAAUAGGCCUUAAAUCCUUCUGCUGAUAUGAAAACAGUGCUAUAAAGUCAUUAUGCCAACGUGCAACCAGUGGGGAUGACUCAGCAUCAGAUAGGUGUGCAUAUGAAUAGAGUAAAGAGCAAUGCAUAGCAAAGGCUACUAAAAAUUUACUAAAUGCUAUGCUAAGGCCUGAAAAUAUGAAUCAUACACAACACGAAAGGACUUGUACUGCAUGUGUAUGGUGCUAAGCUAGUUCAUUUCACAAAUCUUCAGUUAAUCGGUUAAGCCUGACAUUUUAUUGGCAUGUAUAAUGCCUGGUAAGCAUAAUUAAGAUGCUUUGGUGAAAGGCCCUGCCACUGCACCUAGAUUCAAAUGUGAUUACAGGGAUUUAGGGGUAAUAUAUGAGCAGAUCUUUGUUUUAUUUAAUUAAUUCUGCCCUGGGCUCUCUCUAAUAAGUUAUUAGAAUGAGCUUAUUCCUCUCUUUAGAGACAGUCCUCCACAUGUCCCAUCAGGGGAGCUAUCCACGGACGUGGUGAUCCAAGUCAUCAGCAACAUGACUCAAACCAUCAGGGAGUUCCUCCUAGACAUGCCGUUGUACCCCGCCCUCGGGAACCGCGACUAUUGA